UUUCGCUGUGGUCUUCAGCAACAACAUACGAUAGCAGCUUCUUACUUGACAGUUAAUGUAUACUGUUGUGACCAAGGGAAAACUGUGUGUAGUUGGGUAAUCAGAUAUACUUAGUUCAGGUUGCAAUGAACGAUGGUCAUUUGUUUGAAAAAUUAAAAAAGAAGACUGAAGACAUCCUGUCUAUACGUGUAUAAACAGAACGUAGGUGCAUUCAAAAAUCUGAAGAAAAAACAGCCACUUAAAUAGAGACUUGGAAUUAAAAAAACAAUAACACGGAUAUAUUAAUGAAUAGUAAUGUGAAUUAGAAUUUGGAAAUACAAGCAGUGUGUUGCUGAGGACUAUCUACCGAUACAGAGAUAUCAAAUUGAGCAAAAAGACUUUUGGAAAAGAAGUACAGCCAGGAUGCCGGUGGAACAAUUUAUUGAAUCUAUAGGCGCGAAUAUGUCGUACGAGCAGUAUAACAAUAUGACUCUUGACUUUUUGACAGAAAUCAUGUGGCCUUUUACAAAGCCAUACAGCCCACUAGCUGAAAAGACUUCAGUGAAGCCAAUCCAUAUUGUUAUCAUAGUGUUGUGUUCGCUAGCAAUAAUUACCAAUUGUGUUGCUAUAGUUUCCACGUGCAGAGUAAAAUACUACCAAACGCUCCAUCUGAAACUGAUAGUAAGUCUUUGUGCGUCAAACAUUUUAAUUGUCAUCGCAAUUCUUGCAAUGGUCGUCAACAAAAUUGUCAACAGCACAAAUCUGGUAGGGAUGAGCAGUCCCGAGAACCGAGCAACAAACGCAUGCGCAUUUGCAACAGUUAAUUCUCUGAAAAUUAUGGGAUUUCUGACAUCGUUGCUUAAUCUUCUUGCAAUGGCCGUUGAUCACUACAUUGCCGUGAUGUUUCCUCUAAGAUACCCGAAAAUCAUGACCAAGCCGCGAGGCAUCGUCUUGAUUUGCAUCAUUUGGGUAGUCUCCGCCAUCGGCGGAUUCUCGAAUAUUGUACUUGGCCUUUUGCAGAACGACAAGUCACGUACCGAGGUUUUCCACUUUUGUGAACUAGUUAUGUAUGAUCGUUACAACGCUGAGGUUUUGGUUUGCAUUGUAACAGCAAUUUUUGUGAUUGCAGUUACUUUUAUUUACAUUCAACUGUGUCGCAAAUUUAGAGCGCUAAAGAAAGAAUCACAAAUGACACCCGGCGCCAACUACUCUCUUCAUAAAUACACAGCAGUAAUGACAACGAUAAUAAUUAUCAUGUGUUUCAUUCUUUGUCUGGUUCCUUACAUCGUCUUCCAAAUGAUCAUGAUCGGACUCGUUAAUUUCAACAAGGACGUUGUGUAUACUCUCUUCAACAGCCUAUUGGUCGCCAGCAAGUAUCUACACGUUCUCUUGAUCACCAAUUGCUUGGCUCAUCCGUUUAUUUACGCCGUACGUUCAAAGAUCAUGAAGAGAGGUUACAAGAAUUUGUUCAUGGCAAUGCAUAGAGAGAAAAGAUUAUCUGUUCGUAACGAACUCGGAGUGUUUGAUGGAACACUUGGACACAGCUCGAAGGCGAUCGGACCGUCGUGUAAAAGGGUAGAUGAACAGAAUGAAGCAGAAAAAGAUGGAGAAACAGACGCAUUUGUACCUGCUCUUACUAAAUAAGAAGACGAAAGGAGCACUGUUUUGUAAUAAAUGUGUACAGUGGUUGUCACUUAUGGGCGACGAAUGACAAUGCUGAACGCUGAAUUAUGAUGUUAUAUUUAUGACAGAACAUUAUUAAUUCCGAUUGUUUUUAUAACUGUCAAACUUUUUCCACAGUGCAUGUAUAAUUAAAGCUACGCUGUGACAUUAUGUCAGCAGAUUUUUUGUUUGAAAUUCACAAAUUUUAAGAGGUUUAUCUUAACAUGCAUGCACAAAUUGUCUGUGCAAAUGUCAUUUACAGUUGAUAUUAUACGAUGUGUUAUACCGUAUACUACUCAGCAAAUUACACUACCUGUAUUAUAUAUAUUUCUGAUGUGAAUGCUGUUUUCCAGCAGCCAUUUGUUUAAAUUUGAUAUGUUGAAUGUUAUCUUUUGCCUAGUUGGCUAAUUCAAACAAUUUGAAUGGUGAAAGGUAAUAAUUGGAUACAUAUUGACAAAUCAAUAGGUAUUUUGAGUAACUUUGACCAAAAUAAACACUUAAUUGGCUUUAAGCAAUGGAUUGCUGUUCUGAAUAAAACUCCAUAUACCAGAAAUACAGAUUCAUUCUUUUAAUGAUUUUUCGUAGCUGUUGUAUUCCUGCGUUCUAUGCAUAUAGUUUAUUAUAUUACAUAAAUAAACUUCAGCAGCUGUUGGAAGCUAAUCAAUAAUGUUAAAUACGCAUUCGUUGAUUAUUAUUUCACCUUGAGUUGCUACUAACACAUCAUUUAAACAUAAAUAAACAUUGCUUAGAAAUAACAAACCAGAGU